GCCAGGUACACAGACGGCCGGGGAGGACCCAGCCGGCCGGUAUAAAUGAGACGGUGUCCGCCAGACGGCAAGUAGUGGGCCAUCACGUGCGGGUCAGGUGUCUGACGGUUGCGUGCCACGAGAGUCGCGAUGCCGGUGAACGUAGUGCGGAUUUUGGUGACCGACGGCAUCAAUGAGCAGUGUGCUCAGAUCCUGCGCAAUCGGGGCCUGCACGUCACUGUUGUUGUCGCCAAAAUGACCAGCGAGGAGAUCAUACGACGGCUUAAGACUCACGACGCCCUCCUGGUGAGGUCAGCCACGAAGGUCACGGCGGAGAUCAUCGAGGCGUCGCCAGGACUGAAGCUGAUUGGUCGCGCCGGCACCGGUGUCGACAACAUUGACGUCGAUGCAGCCACCCGCCACGGCGUACUAGUCAUGAACACGCCGGGAGGGAACACACUCAGUGCCGCUGAGCACACGUGCGUCAUGAUCGCCUCGCUUAGCAGAAAUCUGCCGGCGGCCUGCGCCUCGCUGAAGGCAGGGAAGUGGGAAAGGAGCAAGUUCAUGGGCUCCGAGAUGUACGGCAAGACGCUGGCCGUGCUGGGGCUGGGCAGGAUCGGCCGCGAGGUGGCGCAGCGCAUGCGCGCAUUCGGCAUGCGGGUCAUCGGCUUCGACCCGAUGGUGUCUGCUGAGGCCGCUCAGGAGUUCCACGUGGAGAAGCGGGAGCUGGACGAGAUUUGGCCAGAGGCGGACUAUAUCACCGUCCACACUCCACUCAUCCCCCAGACCAAAAACCUGAUCAACGCCGACGCGCUCUCGCGGUGCAAGCAUGGCGUGCGAAUCAUAAAUGUGGCGCGCGGCGGCAUCGUGGACGAGGCGGCACUGUUGAAUGCGCUCAAGACUGGCCGGUGCGGUGGCGCCGGCCUCGACGUGUUCGCCGAGGAGCCGCCGACCAAUCUGGCGCUGGUGCAGCACCCAGCCACCAUCUGCACACCCCAUCUGGGCGCCAACACGCGCGAGGCCCAGCAGCGCGUGGCUCGUGAGCUGGCCGAACAGGUUGCCAGCGCCGCCCAGAGCGGCACGCUGGUCGGUCUGGUGAACGCGCCGAACCUGAACGACGCUAUGCGGUUCGCCAGCCGUCCUUGGCUCUGGCUGAGUCGGGCGCUGGGAACUGUGGCCGGCAUGCUGGCUGGCGUCGGCUCUGGCAAGCCGUUCGAGCUGCAGCUCACGCUUAAUGGUCCGGACAUGGACGCCAUGCAGUCGUUCCUCAUCUCCUCCGUGCUGGUCGGCCUGAUGGCCGGCAUGACUCCCAACGGCGUCAACCUGAUCAACGCGCCGAUGCUGGCGCACGAGGCCGGCAUCCGGGUGUCUGUGACACGCGACAGCGCCGCGACGCCGGCACACACCAUCGGUGUUCGGAUUACGCUGGAUGGCCAGGAGCACUCCGUGGUCGGCGAGUUACAGGGUGAACAGUCGGUCCUGGUGCAGCUGGACAGGGCCAGGUUCGAGUCUGGCGUCACUCUUGGCGGCAACGUGCUCUUCUUCAAGUCUGACGGCAGCGGCGACGCGCUCAUGCCGAUAAUUACGGCUUUGGUGUCGGCGCGCGCCGAACUGCUGACGGUGAUGGCCUCGGGGCCGGAGGACACUACCCCGCUGAUCGCCGUGCGCACGUUGGAUCCGGUGCACGCUCCCGAGAAACUCCCAACAUCGCACGCCAAGUUCCUCCUGCAGACCUACUUCUAGCCGCCGCCGCCGCCGUUGCCGUGUGCAUCAGUCACAUCGCGCGUCACCUGAGUGGCGACAGUGCACCACAACGCCCAGUUUCUACACGGGCGUCAGGCGGGCGUUCGGAGCGUAGGUCCGAUGUGAUAGGUUUUACGCCUAAUCUCGCGAAGGCUCGCGCAUCGAGGCAUGAUUGAUGCGUUUCAAUCCAGUGACGCCAUGUUUUAGCGCGACCUUGACGACCAGUGAGAUGAUCAUCUGUACAUAUGUACCGUCAUGUUGCUCAGUAUUAGGCGCCCCAGGCCGCUGGCGCCCGCGUGCCGUAACUGUAUCGACGCGUGUAUAUAUUCACAGGGCGCCGCUGCCGUGCGCAUGAGUCAGGGAGCUGCUGGCGCCCGCGUGCCGUAACUGUAUCGACGCGUGUAUAUAUUCACGGGGCGCCGCUGCCGUGUGCGUGCGUCAGAGAGCUGCUGGCGCCCGUGCCGUAACUGUAUCGACGCGUGUAUAUAUUCACAGGGCGCCGCUGCCGUGUGCACGCGUCAGAGAGCUGCUGGCUCCCGCGUGCCGUAACUGUAUCGACGCGUGUAUAUAUUCACGGGGCGCCGCUGCCGUGUGCGUGCGUCAGAGAGCUGCUGGCGCCCGUGUCGUAACUGUAUCGACGCGUGUGUAUAUUCACAGGGCGCCGCUGCCGUGUGCAUGCGUCAGAGAGCUGCUGGAAGACACGCUGUUUUACACGUAAAAUAAAUGGGCCCACGGGCCCCACUUUUA